CAUCAAAGCAUCGCCUUUGCCAUCUUGUCGCAGCUCAUUGCGCUCUGGUACCUGCGCAGAGGAUCAGGUCGUAGCUCUGAACCUUCCGUGGGACUGGUGGCCAGCUCUCGGGCAUUACGUGCCGGCUACCAAGCGCAAUAUAUCGCGCUCUGUUCCUGCUCUGCAAAGCGCACGUGCCAGUCGUUUGGGCUCUUCUGGAUCUCUCGGCAUUGACACGCCUCGACAUCUUGGAGGCUGGAGGCGAAGAGGCUCAAUCUUGGCUUGGCGUUUGCACGAGGUUUGUUGGUUUGAGAGUGGAAGGCGCAGAAGAAAGACACUCGGUGCAGUGAAGUUGGUGUUGGAGAUUGCGCUGCGAGGUGAGCGCAGGUGAGGUUGCGUUUCAGAAUUGGCAGGGCGCCAUUCACUGCUAGCACAAUGCCUGGGCUUAUUGCCGAUCAAUACGAUGAUCUCACUGGUGCAGUACAACAGAUCAUACUAUCCUCGUCCGAGUCGGACUACCUUGAUCAAUUGAUCCCACUGCUCAAGAAUGCCGAAAUCCAGACUCAGGUCACCCCUCUCAUCCAUGCUCUCAACCAUGUCUCGGCAGAUCGAGAGGCACAAAUUGAGUCCAUAUGUAAUUCGAACCACCAGGAAUUCAUCACCAGUGUCAACCAACUACAAUCUGUCCGAGAGGAGACUGUCAACUUGACUUCCGAGAUCAUGCAGCUGAGCAGAAGUAUCGAGGCCAGUACCGAGAAAUUGGCAGAGCAGAAGAAAGCGCUGGUUGACUCGCGAAGUGUGCGCCAAAACAUUGACGAUGCGACACAAGCACUCAAGGAUUGCUUGGAGGUCCUUCGUCUAGCCAACCAAGUGCACGAUCUGCUCGGCAAGAAGAAUCACUACGCCGCACUUCGCGCUCUUGAUGAGCUGCAAAACGUUCAUCUACGCGAGGUUACUAGGUACAAGAUCGCGGAAAUGAUCGAGCGCUCCGUACCAGCUACGCAACGUAUGAUCGCUGAAGCUGUCACUCAAGACUUGCACACCUGGCUGUAUCGAAUCCGCGAGACAUCGCAAUUUCUUGGUGAGGUAGCAUUCUAUCACACGGAGAUGAGACGCGCCCGACAGAAGGAGCGCGGCGAGAAGGACGAGUAUCUCGGGUCCUUUGGAUUGAACUCAGCAGUGGAGCUGGUCGCUGAUGAAGACGAGGAGUUUGACGUUCUCAACAAUGAGGAGGUUCAAGUCGACUUCUCCCCUCUAUUCGAGUGCCUGCAUAUUCACGAUGCGCUCGGGGAGACCGAGAAGUUCCGCGCCGACUAUGCCGCCACUCGACGCAGGCAAAAAGACUUGCUGAUCCCACAGACUAUCAACCUUCUCGAGGAAGACAACAGCAGCCUCAGUGGAUUGCUUGAGGGCAUCGCAGGAUUUGCGAUUGUGGAAAAGGCGACGAUGCAAAAGACCGAGAACUUCCGCUCUCAGAGCGACAUUGACGAACUGUGGGAGAGCAUGUGCCAGUCUUCGGUGUCACUCAUCAGUACUGCACUGCAUCACGUUGACAACGAUGAGCGGCUGUUGAAGGUUAAGGGCGUGAUUGCGCUCUUCAUACAGACCAUGGACAGUUGGGGUUACUCUGUUGCCAGUCUUGACGGACUUCUUUUGACUCUCUUCGAUAAGUACAGCUCUUUGCUGAAGAGACGAUUCAGUGAUGACUUUCAAGAGAUUGUCAGCACUGACGACUAUAUGCCAAUGCCAAUCAACAAUGCCGACGAGUACACCAAAGUCAUCUCGGUAUCCUGGUACACGCCGCCUGCUGGUCAGGAGAAUGCGGAGGAGUUGUCGUAUCCAUGCGUUCUUCCUUUCAGUCAGAUGUACCCACUGGUUUGCAUUGACAUCCGCAACUUCUUGAACCAGAUCUACCUGUUCUCCGACGACCAUUUCCGCCACACCACAGUCAUCGACAAGACGUUGAAAGAAAGCCUGGACGAAUUGCUGGUCGACAAGGUCUGCCGCAGUCUGGUAGACCGCCUUUCCUCGCAAUAUCCUGGUCAGAUCGUGCAAAUCCUCACCAACCUCGAUCACUUCGAGCAAGCUUGCACAGAUCUCGAGGGUCUUCUUGUCGAAGCGAGAUCAAGCAGCAGCGCGGCAGGACCGAUCAAACUCAACGCCACCGGCCAGUUCAAUUCAGCUAAGAAGCGUGCCGAAAAGCGCAUCUUUGAGCUCGUCAACAGCAAGAUCGAUGACCUGAUCGACACUGCAGAGUACGAAUGGACAAGCACCUACACGCCCGAUACCGCUAGUCCUUACAUACAAGAACUGACGAGGUAUCUGUCCAAUAUCAUGAGCUCCGUCCUCCUGGGCCUGCCCGAGCAGAUCAAAGAGCUCAUCUAUUUCGAGGCUUUGAAUCAUAUCAGCGAUUCGCUUCUUCGACUGCCACUCGACCCAAGUGUGCGCCACAUCUCACCUCAAGCCGCAACGGCAUUCAAGCUCGACGUCGAUGAUCUCGUCGACUUCGUAGAAGCGCUUCCGGAAGCUCCGGUUCUUCUUGAGAGCCUCACAUCCAUUCGACAGACGACUGACUUGAUGAUGCUGGCGGCCGAGGGCAAGGGCGAGGAGUUCUUCGACUCGUCCAAGAGUCAGACACGCUUCGAGAAAGUGGACAAGAUCAAAGGUGCGGAGUUGUUGGAGAAGGUGUACACUGAUACCACAGGUGCGCCGAGGGAGAAGAGAAUGUCUCUGAUGCCGGAUUUCCAAGAGUUGAGAGGAAAGCCAAGCAUGCCACAUUUCGGCAUUCGGGACAGAUUCGAUCAGUUCACGAAGAGGGAUCGAUCGUAGGGAGGUUGACCUUGACUAGUGCACUCAUCUGAUAUGUGAGUGAUAGCUGUAACAGUACGCUUGCUUUCUACCUGUGUCUCAGAGCUUGAUGACAAUCGAGCU